AUGGGUUUCUUUUUGUCCACGGCCGCUUGGUUGUCCCAGCAGACGCCGCACUACGCCAUUCGCCCGCCUUCGCCCGCUGCGCCAGCCAUUCCUACAUCGCCAACAGCCCCGUCUACCCUAACUGACUCGCCGACCCGUCCAGAAAUCUACUCACCACCCGCCUCCUCGCCCAAAUCAGUUCGCCCUUAUUCCUCCAACUCAUCGCCAACCGCGAGCCCCUCUCCUAGCCGAAGUGGCUGCUCAACCUCGUCGUCAGGUCAGCCAACCCACUCCACCAAAUCCUUCCAAUCCGUCCACUCCGCCUCAACACCUCCGAACGCCAGCACCACUGCAACCACUGCUGCCCCCUCCACUGCAUCGUCCCCGCCUUCCGUCUCCGCUCCCGGAAACCCGCCGCUCUCCGCCGCCUCAUCUUCGUUCUCCAAUAAUGCCGUCCUUCGCACUUCCCUUCCGCCCCGAUCCGAUGUCGCCUCCGGUACUCCUCUUCCGCCAAGAAAAGACCCUGUCAGAUUGAUUGACCCUUCCGCCCUCCGCCGAGUCUCCAACUGCCUGUCCUCCUCUACUGAUUCCACUCUUAUUGAUAAACCUCCAACUUGGACCCCCUUGAACCCAACAUCUACCGCGAUCCUCGAUGAUUCAGGCUUAAUGAGCCCCUUCUACGCCGGUAUUGACCCGACUUCAGACUCCCUUCUCGACUUCUCUGACAUUUCUGAUGAUUCGCCGCGGGCCGCGGACAACUCAGACGAUACGAAUGGCCUUGUCCAUCAGGAAGAUUAG